CCCUUAGCCGGGAGUCGGCUUCACUUCCUGCCCGAAACUUACAAGCCCCUAAAACAAGGGAUCGUGCAAUGCACAGGUUGCAACAGCCUUUGCAAGGGGGGAAAAAACGGGUCUCCUGUUCCUUUGCAACCUCUGCGUGCAAAUGCCGCGGAGCCUUUUGCAGCGUAGAGGCAGCAUGUUUCAAUUUUUCAUGAUAGUGAAUUUCCUCCAAGCAGCCAGGCUGAAAAGCCUCUGAAAAGCCUCGCUCCGAUGCUGGCUAGGAGGGCGAACAUGAAGAGCAUCACCAGAGUGGUGGUUUACCUGUCCAAAGAGAACAGCUGCCCGCAGCGCGCCAGGUUCCAGCAGAGCAUCGUUGGCCACUUUUGCACAGGCGACGAAGACAGCUGGAUGGUGAACUGCGCUUUGGAUCAGCGCCUGACCCAGGAGCGAGGGGUGGAUGUGGGCGUGGCCAUCCUCCUGCAGUCGGCCAAUCAGAAAGUGUUGCAUGACAAGGCGGUCCAAGACUCUGAGCAUCUUCCCCAACAUUGGGUCCCUCCAGGUGGCCACAUCGAACAGGACGAACAGUUGCUGGAUACUGGGCUGAGGGAACUGGGGGAAGAGACAGGCCUGUGGCUUGAGGACCGGGAGUUUUCCUGGCGCCCGCUGGCCCUGUGGGAGUCUGUGUACCCUCCCAUGCUGAGCAGAGGCCUGCCAAAGCGUCACCACGUCGUCGUCUACCUCCUUUUGCUUUCCCGUGAGAGUCACCAGCAGCUCCAGGUGAGACUGAAGCCCAAUGAAGCAGAAGUGAGCGCUUACGCCUGGCUGGACGAGCCGGUCUUGGCAUCCAUCGCUGCUACGCAGAAUGAGAUUGGGGCCACCAGUGCGAUGGCAGGUGAUCUCCCACCAGCUGUCAGCAUCACCGAACUGCAGCACGGCUCAGCCAAGACAGUGGCCAUCCCCACCACAAUGUUCCUCAGCUCCGCUCCACUACAGGGGGAAGACGUGGAAAGAGUGAGCACCGGGACAAAGUUUGCCCUGAGGCUCUGGCUGGACACUUUAGCGGUGCAAGCAGAGUAA